UUGGAUGAGGAAGAGAUUCGUCAGUUGGAAGAGAGAAGAAGUCACUACAGGGUGCUGAGGAAAAGGUUUGCUGAAAUUAGAGAUCAAAUACCAGCUCUGCCAGUAAGAAGUUGCACCUCCCAGUGAAAUGUUGCCACUGCCAUUUCAACUGUUAGCUGUUCUCCUUCCCAGUGGCGACGGUGAACCUGCGUUCCAGGGGCCAACCUCCUUUCAUGUCAUCCAGACCUCGUCCUUUACCAACAGUACCUGGGCACAAACUCAAGGCUCAGGCUGGUUGGAAGAUUUGCAGAUUCAUGGCUGGGACAGUGACUCGGGCACUGCCAUAUUCCUGAAGCCUUGGUCUAAAGGUAACUUCAGUGAUAUGGAGAUUGCUGAGAUAGAGGAGAUAUUCCGAGUCUACCUCUUUGGAUUCGCUCGAGAAGUACAAGACUUUGCCGGUGAUUUCCAGAUGAAAUACCCCUUUGAGAUCCAGGGCAUAGCAGGCUGUGAGCUACAUUCUGGAGGUGCCAUAGUAAGCUUCCUGCGGGGAGCUUUUGAAGGAAGGGAUUUCCUGAGUGUCAAGAAUGCUUCAUGUGUGCCUUCCCCAGAAGGUGGCAGCAGGGCACAGAAGGUCUGUGCACUAAUCAUGCAAUAUCAAGGUAUCAUGGAAAUUGUGAAACUUCUCCUCUAUAAAACCUGCCCCCGAUAUCUCUUGGGCGUCCUCAAUGCAGGAAAAGCAGAUCUGCAAAGAAAAGUGAAGCCCGAGGCCUGGCUGUCCAGUGGCCCCAGUCCUGGCCCUGGCCAUCUGCUGCUUGUGUGCCAUGUCUCAGGAUUCUACCCAAAGCCCGUGUGGGUGAUGUGGAUGCGGGGUGAGCAGGAGCAGCCGGGCACUCAGCGAGGGGACGUCCUGCCCAAUGCUAACUGGACAUGGUAUCUCCGAGCAACCCUGGAUGUGGCAGCUGGGGAGGCAGCUGGCCUGUCUUGUCGAGUAAAGCACAGCAGUUUAGAGGGCCAAGACAUCAUCCUCUACUGGAGAAACCCCACCUCCAUUGGCUCGAUCAUCUGGGCAAUAAUGGUGCCUUCCUUGAUCCUUUUGCUAUGCCUUGCAUUAUGGUAUAUAAGGCGCCGAUCAUAUCAGAAUAUCCCAUGAGCCCUCAUCAUGUCUCCUCUCCCAUUUGGAAUAAGUACCAAGAAGCCCAAGAUAUGAGACCAAGAGUCAAUCGUAUCACAUUUCAUCAAAUGAUUAUCAAAUUUGAUGAAAUCAGAGUUUUCCUAUUUUUUAAAUAAAUUAUAAUUUAAAACAGCAGAAAAAAGUACUUAAGACUGUAAAUUUAUUGUGAGACUGUAUUAACAGUAUGAUCCACCCAGAUUUUACAUAUGUUAAAAUGUUGGAAAGAGUGUGUCUCAAAAUAAAUGAAAUAUAAUACGUAUGA